CGUGAGCUGAACUCAAUUUUCAGAUCGAGAGAUGGACACGAUCAUUCCGAGCAGUAAAUUCAAUAGUGAUGUACACGAAGAUCAAUUUUCUUUAGCAAGUGAAACAGCAACAAAGUAUUCUUUAGAAGAGAGCCACUUGGAGGAGUUCUAUAAUUUGGAAAAUUGUGUUCAACGUAUUAAGAACUGUGGAAUUAGAACACCAAAGGUAGCACUCCAGUUUCCUGACUCGUUGUUAUGCCAGUCUUCCCAAGUGGCACAAAUUAUUGAAGAGAAGGUCGAUUGUAGGACUUAUAUACUAGCUGACACCUCCUACGGAAGUUGUUGUGUGGAUGAAAUAGCGGCUGAACAUGUAAAAGCUGACCUUAUUAUUCACUUUGGUGCUUCUUGUUUAAGUCGAACAGAGCGCAUACCUGUUGUAUUCGCGUUUGGCAAAAAGAAGAUAAAUGUUGAGCACUGCUGUCAAUCAUUUCAGAGUUGCUUUCCAGACAAAGAUUGUAAAAUAAUCCUGAUAUAUGAUGUUGUCUAUCAUCAUUCAAUAGAUUCUAUUUACUCAAAACUAUCAUCAGAAUACAGAUCGUUAGUUUCGACGUCUCUCGUUCAUAACGACAACGAUGAUAAUAAUUCGAAAAAGACGCGCGUUGGCACCGAUAAAAGCGAAUGUCGAGAUAACGAAAAUAUCACGACUUGCAGUAAAAAUUUAGCCAGUGAAAACAAAUGCAAGACAGAGGACGCCUACUGUAGAUUUGGCCGAAGAUUCGUGUUGGAAAACGGCUGUCGCAUUGAAGAUUACGUUGUAUUUUACAUUGGAGAAGAAAGUUUAUCUUUAACCAAUCAUAUGAUGGCAUAUAAUACUUGUCAGUUCUACUCUUAUAAUCCAGAAUCAUCAAGAUGUCGGAAAGAGACCCUCAGCGUAAACCGCUUACUUAUGAAAAGGUACUAUCUUAUUGAGAGAGCGAAAGAUGCUAGAGUAGUUGGCAUCUUGAUAGGAACCCUAGGAGUAGCGAAUUAUUUAACAAUUCUGCAGAGAAUUAAGAAAAUUUUACGUCAAUGUGGAAAGAAGUGUUUUACAUUCGUUACUGGAAAGUUAAGUCCAGAAAAGCUAGCGAAUUUUAUGGAAAUUGACGUGUUUGUUUUAAUAGCGUGUCCUGAGAAUAGCAUUAUAUGCUCGCAGGAAUUUUAUAGGCCGAUAAUCACUCCAUUUGAAAUUGAAAUUGCGUGUACAAGGGCAAGAGACUGGACAGGGGAAUACAUUACUGACUUCCACGAACUUCUACCAGGUUCUGCUAAACAUGUAGAAAUAGAGAGUAAGGGCACUGAAGAAGUUACAGACGAGGUUCCUGAUGUUUCUCUCAUUUCUGGAAAAUUAAGACCGGUGUUCACACAACAAGAAAUCGGCAAAAACCGAUCAGACAGUUUGGUCUUAAAAAAUCAGAACACAACUUUAUCGACACAACCUACUUCUGCAGCCGGAUUCCUUGCACAACGUAGUUGGAAAGGUCUUGAACCGAAAAGAGGAGAGACAGAGGUGACAAAGGCAGUUGAAGGAAGAAGUGGGAUUGCUAGUGGUUACGCAAAUGAACCGUUCAAUACUUCCAGCUGAUCCGAGAUCAUACCUUAUGACUCAUGAGGCGCCUAAACAAAAAUUAGUUAUUACUCCAGCGUGAGCGACGGAGUUGAAAAUUCGCCUAGGUUUUGUUUUGUUUUUUGUUUGUUUUUUGUCAUCGCAAAUGUGUUUUGGUGCGAAAUAUAAUAGUAAUUGAAAAGUGUAUGCG